AUGUCUCAGAAUCCAGGAGUUGGUGUCGUGAAGAAAGAGAAGAAAUGGGUACGCGCCUUGUACGCCUUGCCGCUGCUAGCGGCUGUUUAUGGAGCCCACAAGACGAUGGGCGUCACGCUGGACCUGUUACUCCCGAUGCUAAGAGCCUCGAUCGCGGGCGGGGAGAUUCAGUUGGCUGAUGGGAUUGUCGUUCCUCUAUAUAAGAAAUAUUUUGGGAUUCAAGGCCUGGACCGCUUCAUUUCUGCAUUUGUCACGUUCUUCACUCCGAUUAUUGGGGAUUUUGAUCCUAUCAGCAGAACGCAGGGGGUUGCGUUUUUGGGAGAUCUCAUUCCGCUUCAGACGAUAUGGUUGGUUGAAGGUGUACGACGUGGGAAUUAUCUAACUGCUGCUCAUCUCCUGCCAACCGUCCUUGGUAUACUAUUCCAGAUCAAAGGUCUGGGCUUCAUUGCUCCAAUCUGGUUCUUUCUGCACUAUGUCCAGUCCCCUUUGGAGAAUUAUCAUGCGGCGGAAAAUCGACUCACUCAGAUUGGCGCGGUGAAGACCAUAAUUCCUACCAUUAUGCUUUCAUAUAUCCUGCCUUCAAUCGCCAUGUGCUACGUGCCGGGCCUCGAAAACCGCCAAUGGAUCAACGGCCUCCUCUGGCAAGCCUUCCCACUUUACGCCGCUGUCUACCAGAGAAUUUUCGGUCUGUUCGUCAAGGACACAACCGAGGCAGAUCGCGUCUCAAACCCCGAGGCAGACAUACCAUAUCUCCGCCGCGCUUAUGGAUUCGCAGCAGUGACGGCCGCAGCAUUCAACCUGUACGCUCGCUUUAACCCCCCUGGUCCCAUCAAAGACGUAUUCUUUGCAGGCAUAAGCAGUCCAUCCACUGUUCCAAAUAUUAUGCAAGGGGCGGCCAUGUUUUUGAAGUAUGAUCAAAUUGCCACUUUUAGCGCUGGCGCUGCCUGGAUUAUGUUGAGUUUCUGGGAUUUGAAGAGCGCUGGGAAGGUCCAUCUUGAAUGGCAGAAGAUUUUUACGAUAUUUGGCUUUCUUACGAGUAUUUUUGGCCCGGGUGCUGCGAUGAUGAUCAUGUGGGCGUGGAGGGAAGAGGCCUUAGUUGCAAAGAAGAAGGUGGCCAAGAAAAACUAA